UUUCCUUAAACUGACUCGUACGCUUGUGGGCGAAGUCCUAUUUAGGACUAUUCUACGUGUUAGGCGGCUUUAACAUUGGAUAUUUCUUUUGGCACUUGAAAUGUAGCCUAUUUUAUAUUAGAGGUAUCACAAUAGUCUGUUGCAGCGGAAACAGGGGGAAAGAAAUACAAAACGAACCUAUAAACAGUUAAUGUAAUGUGCCUGUUAUGUGACAAAAACUGUUUUUUUUUUGUUAUGUAAACUUUCAGUUCGGUUUGAUGUUAGAGACUGACAUAUUUCCGUGACGUGAAGGCAUAUAUUAUUAGGAUUUGGCGAGGCAGAUCCGCUCCAAAGCGCAGCCCGCUAUCUGCAAUGAAUUACAAGGCUGGAUUCCGCGGAUUCCUGACACGGCGUGGUGUGAGGGGAGGUAUACUACAAAAGUGUGUUUUUUCCUGACAAAUCUUGCCGUUCAACACAUUUGCUUAAAGGAGUUGGCAAACAUGCGACUUAAGUAGGCCUAAGCCUAUAAAGAAACCUUUUAAAAACAACAUAUCAUGCUUUAAAAGAUCCCGUUCUGUUUUGGGUAAACUUCACUGUUUUUUCCAGCCAACUUGACUAUUAACUGGUCAUUGUGGUAAACAGUGACCUCCCGGCCUUAUUUCUUGUUGUAAAUCAAAGUAGCCAGUCCGGGUUUAAACGUUUCAAAGCAUUUUCUUGGCCUUUUUCUGAUUCUAAUCUGAUUUCCUGCACAAAUGACAAAUUAGAUUCAAAUCAAUUAACUUUGUCUUCAACCGACUGUUAGCAUUGAACUUGGUCUAGGUCGAAGCAGAGGUGUGGGUGGGCUACCUAACCGUUGUGAGUCAUGAGACAGACAUUACAGACAAGUGAGAGACACAAAUCAAUGAGCUACCUGUCGUGGACUUCCAGCCUGCUUGUUGAAACCACGGAACUGGCAGAACACAACAAAGACACAAUGAUUUGUAGGUAUCCGCGGUGUAGGCUACCCUACCGUAGAAAGUUGUAGUGCAUCUUUAUUGCGUGGGAAAUGUUCUACAGUUACGGGGACAGAGACGAAUUUACACACACAGAGACUAAAUUCAAGGUGAGGUCACGGUUGUAAAGUUAUUUUAAUGUCUCACUCGGCAUGACUCCCAUAUCCCGUUACAUACUGUAGGUGAGGGCGGGGGAGCGCGCGAAGAGAACAUGACAGCGCAGAGUAUAUGUGACGCAGAGCGUGAAAGAGUGAUUCCACCGCGAGAUCUGCCCUUCGUUUCCCGUUGAGUGCGCGCACACAGAGAAAGAGAGAGAGAGGGGAGAGACUCUUUAGACUGACUGAUGUUGAAAAUGUGUACCCUUUUAUAAAGCCUCUCAGAUGUAAUUCCAGAGACCAUGGAAGUAUUUGUCUUUAUCAUGACCCAGUGCACCAAAUGCAUGGGGGCGGAAGAAAAGACAAACACAUGUGGGACUAUCUGCCUGAAAUAUCUACUCUUCACAUUCAACUUUAUCUUUUGGUUGGCAGGGGGUGCUGUGGCUGCAGUGGGUGUGUGGACCUUGGUGGAUAAGAGCGAGUACAUCAGCCUGCUGGCCUCCAGUGCGUACUCUGCCUCUGCUUACGUCCUCAUCUUGGCAGGGGUUGUUGUCGUGGCAACAGGAAUACUUGGUUGUUGUGCCACCAUUAAGGAGCACAAGGGAUUCCUGAUAGUGUACUUCAUCCUGCUCCUGUUUAUUUUCCUGUUGGAGAUCACGGCUGGGGUGUUGGCGUAUGUCUACUACCAGGAGUGUUUCCCUCUCUGCUAUCAGCUGAGCGAUGAGCUGAGAGUGAACCUGAAGGAGACUAUGGUGAAUAAAUAUGAUCAGCCUGGUCAGGAGCAUGUCACUAAGGCAGUGGACAAACUACACCAGGAUCUGAAGUGCUGUGGCAGUAUCAACUACACUGAUUGGAGGGAUGGGGCAUGGAUCAAGGAUCGGGCUGGUGAUAGGGUGGUUCCUGACAGCUGUUGCAAGACCCCAUCAGAUCGCUGUGGGCGUAGACACCACCCUUCCAACAUCUACAAUGUGGAGGGAGGCUGUAUUGGUAAGUUGGAAGAGUUCCUGCUGCAGCACCUGCAGAUUCUGGGAGGCGUUGGCAUCGGCCUUGCCUUCAUCCAGCUGGUGGGGAUGAUAUUCACCUGCUGUCUUUACCAAAGCCUGAAGGAGGACCCCUACUGACCCUUCCAGAAUGUGGACAACCCCCUUUUCUGGAGCAUUCUCUUUGUCUGAAUGUGUUGUGUACAUAACAAAAAGGAAGAUGAAGGAAAAGAUGGGCCAGCAUGAAUAAGCAAAUCCAAAUCCCCAAGCAGAAAGAGGAGAAGCCUUGGAGGAAAAUGAAACAUUGUAGCUGCUGGACGACUAAUCACGCUUUCUGUAACUUUAAAUAAAAAAUUCCCCUUUUGCUAUCA